UGUAUUUAUUAAUCUGACUAUGUUUCCAGUGACAUUAGAAUAAAUAUGAUUUUAGUUUUGUAUGUGUAGAUACACCGAGGUAGACGCUUGCAGGAACUAUAGUGUAUAAAUGUUGACUGCAGUAUUUAUUGUUUGGUGUUAUGUACGAGAUGCUGUAGGUUCAAUUCUUAGUUGGACGACAAAUGGAAAUCAUAUGACUGGAUUCUCAAACGGAGUAAGAAGACUAAGUUUCAAGAUUGGGCAAACUAAACCAAGUAAAAUGAAGUUUGGUGGUCCUCACUGUAAGGCACGUUGUGAGGUUUAUCCACGCACAAAAGAUGUUAAGAGAUUUAAAGUUCCUGAUGAUAAAGUACCAUGGAAAGUACCAUUCCCAGAAUAUAGUCCACCAUCCUUCACAACAGAAACAGUACUUAGUGGUCCAUAUUAUGCAGAUCCAGACAUAUGUUCUGGGAAAGGGGAGAUAACCAAAUGGAAUGAAAUAGAUGGCAGAGUUAGUCGAGUCAGCUUUGAAGGAAAAUAUGAAGUUGUGGAAGGCCUGCCAUUAAACCCUGUGGGAAGAACAGGUCUAAAGCACAGAGGUUGUUUAGGACGCUGGGGACCUAACCAUGCAGCUGAUCCCAUAGUCACAAGAUGGAAAAGAACUGAUGAUGACCAGAUUGUGAAAGGAGAAGAUGGUAAACCAAUCAUGCAGUUUGUAUCAGUACAAAGACGAGAUAAUGGAGAGUGGGCCAUUCCCGGUGGUAUGGUAGAUCCUGGAGAUUUAGUAAGUGCUACAAUUAAACAAGAAUUUGGAGAAGAAGCUUUGAAUUCAUUAGAAAUGUCAGAAGACGAUAAGAAGGAGAUGCACAUUAUGAUUGAAGAAUUCUUAUCGAAUGGGGACCAGGUUUACGAGGGUUAUGUAGAUGACCCUAGAAAUACAGACAACGCCUGGAUGGAAACUACAGCAUAUCAUUUCCAUGACCAUGAUGGCACCAAAGUAGGACAGUUUAAUUUACAUGCAGGGGAUGAUGCAAUGGCUGUUCAAUGGAUGGAUUGUAAUAGUGCUAUAAACCUGUAUGCUAGCCAUAAAUCAUUUUUACAAGAAGCAGCAAAGAGAAUAGAUGCAAGCUGGUGAUCAUGUGACAUUUAUAGUCUGUUAUCAUGUGACAUUUAUAAUCUGUUAUCAUGUGGCACAUGUUUAUAUAUGGCUUAUCAUUAUCAUGAUGAAUAUUCAACUUACUCAUUAUCAUAAUUUAUUUAUUACUAAUUUACAAUUUAUUUCAUUCAGUGUUUUUCUUCCUUCUUAGGUCUUUCAUACAUUUUUUUAAACCUUAAAACUUUAUUUGUUCAACCACUUUAAAAAAAAAGAAGAUUUAUUUAUUGUCGUCUUCUCUGUUAGUCUAUCACAUUUUUACUUAAUGAUGAUAUGAACUGAAAUAUCUCCAGGCCAUCUCUUGUUUGCAUCAUGAAAUGUAGAAUACAGGUUAUGGUUCGGAUAUAGUGGAGUCAAGAAUACACUCUGAAGAGUUAUGUCCCUUUCUUACAAAAAGAAAGUAUGAUUGUGUUGUUUGGGGUUGCCGAAGUUAUGGCACUUUUAUUACAUAUAGGAUUUUUUAUGUAUGGUUGGAAAAAUUAAUGGUUCUUUCCGAUUACUCUGAUGGCCUCCAUGAUAUAUCCAAGUGGGCUAAAGGUGGCGUUAAACACCAGUAAUCAAUCAAUCAAUCAUGGUUGGAUAAAGUCAAAUGAAUAUGACAUAUCUCUGCAUAUAAUUGAGGGUUAGCUCUUAAUUUGCUUCUCAAAUAUAAUAUUUAGCAUAAACCAUUUGAAAUAAAGAAAGCAGUUUAAACAUAUUCAUAUAAAUUUAUAAAAAAACCUGAUCAGAUAUUAUAUGAUAUAUUGACUGCUGAAUCAUCAAGUUACAGGGAAUAAAUCAUUUGUAUACAUGUUCAAAAUAUAUUACUUACUAUUAUAUGUCUGUCUGAAAACUAUUCCAUGUUAGAUUGCUCAUUUUUAUACGCCCGUCAAUUUUUGACGGGACGCAUUAUGGUAUACAAAUGUCCGGUGUCCGUCCAUCUGUCCGUCUGUCUGUCUGGCGUAAACAUGUUGCACCGUAACUUGAUAAUGACUUAUCCAAAUUUCAUGAAACUUUACAUAGUUGUUUCUUAUGAUGGUCAAACGAUCUGUAUACUUUUUGGUGAAAAUAAGAUCAAAACCUUUUGAGUUACGAGACUUAGUAACUAAAACAGGUGUGUGUUUUUUUUCACAUGUCGCGCCGUAUCUCAAAAAUAAUUUAUGAUUAUUGCUUAAAACUUUACACACUUCUUAGUUAUAUGAUUCUUAAGAUCUGUAUACAUUUUGGUGAUGAUUCAAAGUUUUAUUUUAGAGAUAUUGAGUAUUUUGUUAAAAAAGGGGGAGGGGUUUUUCACAUGUCGCGCCGUAUCUCAAAAACGAUUUAUGAUUAUUGCUUAAAAUUUUACACACUUCUUUGUUAUAUUAAUCUAAAGAUCUGUAUAAUUUUUGGUUUUGAUUCAAAAUUUUAUUUUAGAGAUAUUGAGUUUUUUGUAAAAAAAAAAGGGGUUUGCAUGUCACGCUGUAUGUCAGAAACUAUUUAUGCUUAUUACAUAAAAAUUCACACACAAGAUGACGGGCGUAUCAUGCGCUCAUGGGGCAGCUGUUUAUUCUUGUGGUGGUGUAAUAGAGUGUAAUAGUUAUAGAAAAUAAUCCUCAAAAUAGUUUUUUAUAAGAGGGUAAAGUUUAAUGAUAUUAUAAUACCACAUACUAUAUGUAUUUAGUAUAUCUUUCUUUUUAUGUAUUUUGACUAUUAGAAUUUGAUAUUUACAAUGUAUAUCAGCCAGAUAUUUAUUACAUUUGAAAUAGUUUUUAUCAACAGUGAAACUUUUGAUUCAUUGAAAAUUUUGUAGGACCAUAGAAAAUCUUAAAACAAGUAAUUAGUGAUAGGUAUAUAGGGUUCCUCAAAAUAUAAGUUAUGCUACAAAGAAUUAAAUGUUCUUAAAGUCUCUUGUGUUGUCGAAAUAAAUUCAGUUAUACUAUGAUUUAAUGUGUUGGUAAAAAUAAUACCAGCACAAAUCAGUUCAGCUUAUGUAUAGUUUAGAAACAAUAGGUUGAUCUUAGUUAUUUAAGUUUUUAUUCAGUAAUACCCAUUUGCAUAUGUUUCAGUUGCAAAAAUGUUUAUCAGAAGUCAGAAAUGAUAAUUCAUAUUUCCAUGUAUUAAAAGUAUGUGCCAGUUAUGUGGUUUUUGUUUUUGUCUAAUGAAAAAUAUGAUAUUGAUUGUUUGUAUGACAAAAUAGUAAAAACCAUUUUAAUAAUCAUAUGUGCCAAUGUUCAUUACAAAACCUUAACAGUAUGAAGAUAUUGUAUAUAUUAAGAUUUACUCUUGUGUUACACAAUCUGUGGACAGGUGAAGAUUCUUGCCUUGCAGUGACAUGAAGAGAAUUUUGACAUGACCCUAUAAUUUUCACUUGGCUGUAAACAUUUAUGAAGUUUGAUUGUUCUAUUACAAAGUUUCACUCAGAGAAAUGUGGAUUUUGCUUUAUUUUUUACAGAGGUUAAUUACGCAAGUAUGAGUGUGGAUAACUUCUAAUUCACCAGAAAGGUGCAAAUUAUUUUAAAAUGUGAAAUUUUUUUUUUUUUUUUACAACACUAAUAUUGUAUAACUCGAUUUUUCUUCCAUUAUACAUAUUGAUUCAUGCUGAAAGGAAGGGUAACCUCUUUUUCACUACUUCAAACCAUAAAUACUUGCUAGUACAACUCAGUUUUAUGACAUAGUAUUCCUUUCAUAAAACAAACACAGUAAAUUAUGUGGAUAUUUAUUGAUUACAUGAUACUGAGGGAGUGUUGUAUCUGUAUUGACUUGGUUCACUUAAUACUCAUUGGUAAUUGAAAACAUUGACUGCUGAUACCAUCUUUGUAUAAAACAUAGUACAAAAAGGGGGGAGGGGGUCUGAAAAUAUUGUGAUUGUGAAUAGUUAAAGAUGUCUUUACAUGACUGUUUUGAUUAAAGAAACUUAAAAUCAGAUUUUAACUUUGGAUUCUGAUUAUUUGAAUAAUUCACGGACAGGUCUUAACAUAUUAGAUCACAGUUACCUUGGUAAAGAAAUCUCUAACUAUUAUCUGUGAGAAAUGUGUUUUUUUUUUUGUAUCUUAUUAAUCAUUUGUUCACAUUCUUUUUAGUACAUGUAUAUAGAAUUUAUAACGCUUUCUUAAGCAUAUCACAUUUGUUUAUAUCAAUUCGUAUACAUAUAUAUAUAUACAUAGUUAAAAGUAAUGUUUUCACUACACAUUUCAUACAUUUACACCAGCGAACCUUUUAGAUUAAAAUUUUGCUCUUCUUUAGUUUGCCUUUCUUUUGUUUUUUUUUUAAUUUUUCAUUUUUGGGAUUUUUUUGUACUUUUUAGGUAUUUUUGACUUUAGUAUAAUAUAUGUAAUAAAUCAUAGUUCUGUAGUUGUUUGCAUGAAUUGAUGGUUAUUAGUUUAUGCUAAAAAUAACAACAUUUUGAUUCGAUUAGAGAGUAAUUGUCUUGUGUAUAUUUUUAUAAGAUUUCAGAAUUCCAAAUUUAAUUUCUUGAUUUCUUAUAUAAUAUAUAUAUAUUGGUAUCAUUUGAAAGUAAAAAAAAAUACCAGAAAUGCUUGAUAUAAAACAAAUAUAUUUGACCAUAAUUCUAAGAAACCCUGUACCCUUUUUGUAUAACCAAAGAAACAUUUUUACAGCUAUUAUCCAAUUAAACUGAAUUUUCCAAAUCUCAAAUAUUUCAUUGUUAACCUUAAAUUCAUAUGAGAAUAUUUGAGAGUAUAUACAUAAGAACAUGAUUAAUUACUCUGUGAAAACUUUAAUCAGAUAAUUGUUAUUAUAGCAAUGUAAUAUUAAUAUUUAUAGUUUCGGAUUUAGAUAUUGUUUUUAUAAAUUUGUUGAUUUUUGAUAGAUCAAAUAUUGUUGUUUGUUUUAUUAAGCUUAUCAGAUUAUCAGAUUAUUAAAAUUCAAAAAAACAUA